UUUCUUUUUCAUUCAAAGAAUCAUUAUAAUGACAAUUACAUUAAUUCACACACACUCAAACACACACACAGAUACAGGUUUUAUGGAGUUUUCAGGAGUACAAUCAUGAUAUUAAGUGUUUGAGCUGUGUGCUCGUCUGCACCAAACCAACCCUUCUUCCUAUGCAUUUAUACCCUUCAUAUACUGUCAUUUUCAACAUUUCUUUCUUCUUCAAUCUUAUAUAAUUGAAAGGUUCUGGGCUCUGAAUUUUUUUGUGAUUUUUGUUAGUAAAUGUUGUUCUUCUUCUAGAGAGAGAAAACUAGGGUUCUUCUUCUUGCUUUCUGGGCAUGCAUUGAGUUUAUGAAAAAUGGUCAAUCUGCUUCCAAGACUUGUACUUUUGCAUCUUUUGGUUGUCCUUUUGCAUCAAUCUGUUUGGUGUUUGAAUUACACAAAGUUUAGACAAGUAGGAGACUUGAGACUUGCAAGAAUUCAGAAACAUUUGGAUACCCUCAACAAGCCUCCUGUUUUCUCCAUUCAGAGUCCGGAUGGUGAUAUUAUAGAUUGUGUUCACAAACGAAAGCAACCGGCCUUAGAUCAUCCCCUUCUCAAAAACCACAAGAUUCAGAGGGUACCGCCAGAAAUGCCAAAAAUGAGAUCAACAAUGGAGACACAAGAAGAAGAUGAUGGUGGGAAAUCUGCAAAUAUAAGUCAAAGUGAUGGGUACAUAAGAAGAGGUGCGUGGCAAAUGUGGCACCGGAACGGUGAACGGUGUCCCAAAGGGACGGUUCCAGUGCGGCGGAGCACCGUGCAUGAUGUUUUGAGAGCCGAUUCUUUGUAUGACUUUGGCAAGAAACGACGUAGUAUGGCCCCCCUUGCUCGCCGGGCCGAUGCACCGGAUGUCGUUAGUGGCAAUGGCCAUGAGCAUGCGAUCGCGUACACGGGAACAUCGAGUGAGAUAUACGGGGCAAAAGCGACAAUAAACGUAUGGGACCCAAAGAUAGAAGUCUUAAAUGAGUUCAGUCUUUCCCAGAUUUGGGUUCUUUCCGGGUCCUUCGACGGCUCCGAUCUCAAUAGCAUCGAAGCUGGCUGGCAGGUCAGUCCGGAGCUUUAUGGUGACAGCAGACCCCGACUGUUUACGUAUUGGACGAGUGACGCAUAUCAAGCAACGGGAUGUUACAAUCUGUUAUGUUCAGGGUUUGUACAAACCAAUAGCCGAAUAGCUAUCGGGGCAGCAAUUUCCCCUUUAUCCGAAUUUCAAGGAAGUCAGUUUGACGUUACAAUAGUCAUUUGGAAGGAUCCAAAACUUGGAAAUUGGUGGAUGGGUUUUGGUGAUAAUACUCUAGUUGGUUACUGGCCCGCCGAGCUAUUCACACACUUGGCCGACCGAGCCACAAUGGUGGAAUGGGGUGGUGAGGUUGUCAAUUCACGAGCAAACGGUAGACACACAUCGACAGAAAUGGGGUCGGGCCAUUUCGCUGAAGACGGGUUCGGGAAAGCUAGUUAUUUCCGAAACUUAGAGAUCGUGGAUUCUGAUAACAGCUUAAUAAGUGCUCGUGACAUAUCAACUCUUGCCGAGAACACAAAUUGCUACAACAUUAAAAGCUCCAACAACAACCAAUGGGGCACUUACUUUUACUAUGGUGGGCCCGGAAGAAAUCCAGAGUGUCAGUGAUCAUGACACCACCUUUCUUUCUUUUUUUCAAAAUGUUAAAAAGUGUUAAAAUUAGUAAUUGUUUCAUGGGUAAUGUUACGUAUUCCUCUCGAUUAUUUUGAAAUACAUCUAACGAAAAUUUAACAUUCAUAUGAUUUUGUCUAAUGAAACAUAAACAUCAUAUGACUGUUAAAUAUUCUAUUAAAGCGUUAUAUGAGACAAAAAAAAAAGAUGAGUAGAAAUAUAUAAGAUUACUCUAGUUUUAUAUAAUAUAUUGUAUUAUAUGUUAUGGAUGUAUUUGUUGAUCUA